AUGUUGAAGACACUUUCUGGAAACUCUUUCCUCUUUCCUUCUCUUGUGGCCUUCAGGUUUAUCAAUGCACUGCUCCUCAAAACGCACUUCGAACCAGACGAGUAUUUCCAGUCGGUUGAAGUAGCGAUGAGCAUCCUCCUGAAGAAGAAGGUCUUCACUUGGGAAUGGUUCUUUGGGAUCAGAUCGUUCCCAUUUGUGUGUUUGUUUCUUCUUCCCCUGAAGAUAUUCAGCUAUCUCUCCAAGUACCUCGAAAGACUCAUCCGAAUAUACACAGCAUCGCCCCCAAGAACCUCAGGGAUUAUCUUCAUGAUGGGCGCACCGUACGUUGUAAAGAUGGUAAUGGCAAUAAUCGCAGCCAUUGGUGACUACAGCACCAUACACUCAUACAUCCUCAUCAAUAGAAGCACAGAGAUACCCAGAGAGAUAGUUCUAGUCUGUGCUCUUAAUCUGGGACAGUGGCUCUAUGCUACCAGAUCGCACAUCAACUCAUUUGAAGCAGCCAUAUCGGUGUUUGUCUUCUACAGGAUCCUUAACUCACAAAGCAUAACGGACAAAAUAGCCAAAAAAACAGACUAUGCUAUCUCUGUAUUUAUUACCUCGCUUCUUGUCUUUGUUCGUCCUUCUUCUUUGUUCUCUCUCGCGUGCAUUUGGGGCAUGGCUGUGAUUAAGGAGGUGGGAGCCUUCAAUCUGGCCUGGAGAAAGAAGGAAAAAAUAGUCAGAUCUUGGCCGAGGUUCUUCUCAGUGUAUCUGCAGCACAGCAGAGUAAUCAGCUGGAGCAACAUAUUCACAGGAGUAGCAUCUAUUGCUCUAUUUACUGCAAUGGACUCGCUGUUCUAUGGCGAGCUAGUGUGCUCUCCCUGGGAGUUCUACAAGGUGAAUAUUACGCACAAAAUAUCCCACUUAUUCGGAACUCUUCCAUUUGUCUAUGUCCUGUUCUUUGCCUCUGUGCUGCUGGGGGCUUACACUGCGAUGCUCAUUCUGUCGUCAUUCAGCAUACUUUCAGCGGAGUUCAUCACGCCUGCCGUAUACACAAUUGUGCACGGGAUCAUAGCCCACAAAGAAAUGAGAUUCCUUCUUCCGAUAUUGCCAUAUUUGAACAUAAUCAUUGCUAAGAAUUUAAAGGAAACAGUUGCACAGUACAAACUGCCGAGUAAGAAGGAGGUGUUUGGAGUGUCUUUUAAGUCUUUUCUGAAGAGGCUCGCAUUCUCUAAAUACGUGUUCCUGGGGAACAUGAUAGUAGCUAUAGCCAUAGGACUGGACCAUCAGAACAUAUCGCGACCGCUGGACUACCUGAGGAAGGACUGCAGCAGCAGACUCGUAUCCAAAGAUGCUCCUAUUUUUAUUCUUUCCACCUUCAACCCGUACAUGCUCCCAAUGAAUACGUAUCUAGGACAUAAAAGAAUAGUCACAAGAUGUAUUGAUAACAACCCUGACAUCACCUCCAUUCUUAGAAACACAAAAAGAAAGAAGAGGUUCCAGGACAAAGAGUACAGACUGAGGCUCCUGGAGCACGACACGAUGGACAGCUGCAUGGUGGAUAAUAUUCUCAACAUGGGGCCACUGGACUAUCACUAUAUCGUUAUAGACAGCAAAUACAACGCAGAGCUUGAGGAGAAAGUGCCAGAGUUCGUGAAAGUGCAUGAAUCUGUGCACCAGAGAGUGCCAGCGCAGCAGAGCGUAUCCAUAUACAAGCAGGCAUUCAAGUAG